UAGAAGAUAGUUCUUCAUUAUCUUUUCCCGAUCAUUAUUCUAUAGAAUAUUUAUUGAUAAGGUGUGCUAAUAAUCACAAGGAAGGGUGACAUGAGACAUUUAACAUGUCCCAAGUCUAGCACUUUAAUUCAUUAUGUCAUAUUUAAAUACAUUCACAUGUGUCUCAAACCUUCAUUUUCUCUUCAAAAGAUCCUUUCUUUCUUGUGAAUGGCCCAAAACCAUUAUUCUCUGCUUAGUUCUUUGAGUGUAGUCCUUCUCAGCAUCUCACUUACCUCAUGUUCUGAUACAAUUACCAUUGACAAACCCCUCAGAGAUGGUGAGAUUCUUGUUUCUAAGAGCAAAACCUUUGCCAUGGGAUUCUUUAGUCCAGGCAAAUCCACUUCCCGUUACAUCGGAAUCUGGUACAACAACUUGCCAGAACAAACUGUGAUUUGGGUUGCAAACAGAAACACUCCCAUCAACGACACAUCAGGGGUUCUCUCAAUCAACCAGCAUGGAAAUCUAGCACUCUAUAACAACUAUACCACUCUUCCAAUUUGGUCUUCAAAUGUUUCACUCACACACUCCAACAACAACGUUGUAGCUCAACUCUUGGACACAGCAAACUUUGUUCUGUUCCAAAACAACACCGGAACCAUCCUAUGGCAAAGCUUUGAUCACCCUACUGACACCUUCAUUCAGCACUUGAAAGUUGGUUUUGACAGAAGAAGUAACAAGAGCUGGUUCCUCCAAUCAUGGAAGACAGAUGAUGACCCUGCUCCUGGUGCAUACACGUUGGGAUUCAACCCCAAUGGGAAGCCACAGCUGUUCUUAUACAACAAGAACCUUCCAUGGUGGCGAGGAGGAUCAUGGAACGGUGAAUUGCUCAUGGGUAUACCAAACAUGAAACGUGACAUGCUCAAAUUCAAUAUUUCUUAUGAGGAAGAUGAAAACCAUUCAGCACUCUCAUACACCAUGUUUGAUGAGUCCAUUGUGAGCAGAAUAGUGGUUCAGCAAUCAGGUUUCUUUCAAGUGUUCACCUGGGAUUUCCAGAAGAGUCAGUGGAACCGGUACUGGUCAGAGCCAACAGGUCUAUGUGAUAACUAUGGAACAUGUGGAUCUAACAGUAACUGUGACCCUUUGGACUAUGAUGAGGCCUUUCAGUGUAGUUGUUUACCUGGGUUUGAACCCAAGUUCCCGCGAAACUGGUAUGAGAAUAGAGAUGGAUCAGGAGGGUGUGUGAGGAAGAAAGGGGUGUCUGUUUGUGAGAAUGGGGAAGGGUUUGAGAAGAUUGAAAGCUUGAAGAUUCCUGAUACAUCUAUGGUAAUAGUUAAAAAGGGUUUGAGUUUGAAUGAGUGUGGUGGGAGUGGGUGCAUGACAUGGCAUGGGGACUUGAUGGACAUUCAGAAGCUCAGUGAUCAAGGCCAAGAUCUUUUUGUCCGUGUCGACUCUGUUGAGCUAGCCAAGUACUAUAAAAGACCAAGAUUGUUUGGUAAAGACAAGUUGGUAGCGGCUCUGGUAGCUUUCAUGCUUCUGGUUCUCCUUCUAGUGUCCAGUGUGUAUUACUUGUGGAAGAAGAGUAAAAACAAAGAGAAAAUGAUGUGGGAUUUAAAUCAUGGUUCUCCAAGAGAAGAAAACGAUGUUCAAAGCAAAAGACAUCCAAACCUUCCCUUAUUCAGUUUUAAAAUGAUAAUGGCAGCCACAGAAAAAUUUUCUCCAGAUAAUAAGCUAGGCCAAGGUGGAUUUGGCUCUGUCUAUAAGGGUCAUCUAUUUGAUGGACAGGAGAUAGCAGUAAAAAGACUCUCCAAAGAUUCAGGUCAAGGAAUAGAAGAGUUCAUAAAUGAAGUUACACUGCUAGUUAAACUCCAACACAGAAAUCUUGUGAGGUUGCUCGGUUGUUGCCUUGAGAAGGAAGAAAGAAUGCUAGUUUACGAAUACCUUCCAAACAAAAGCCUAGACUUCCUCAUAUUUGAUGAAGUUCGAAGAUCAUCGUUAGAUUGGGGUCAACGCUUUAAAAUUAUUUCGGGAAUUGCUCGAGGUGUAUUGUAUCUUCAUCAAGAUUCAAGAUUGAAAAUAAUUCACAGAGAUCUAAAAGCCAGCAAUGUUCUUCUUGAUGCUGUAAUGAAUCCCAAAAUCUCAGACUUUGGAAUGGCUAGAAUAUUUGGAGAAGAACAAAUUCAUGCAAGUACAAAAAAAGUAGUUGGAACCUAUGGUUAUAUGUCACCUGAAUAUGCAAUGGAAGGACGAUACUCUACAAAAUCAGAUGUCUUCAGUUUCGGAGUCUUGUUAUUGGAGAUUAUUGCUGGAAAAAGAAAUUCAAAUUGUGAAAAAGGAAGAGCAGCCUCCUUAAUUGGAUAUGUGUGGAAACUUUGGACUGAAGGAAGGGCCUUGGAUGUUGUAGAUUCAACACUAGGCCAAUCUUAUCCUCCUGAAAUAGCACUGAGGUGCAUUCAAAUUGGACUAUUGUGUGUGCAAGAAAGCGUCAACAAUAGACCUUCCAUGUUAGAAGUUGUUUUCAUGCUACGCAAUGAAGCACCUAUUUGUUCACCUCAGAAGCCAGCAUUUUUAUUCAAUGGCAAUCUGGACAUGAAAGAUUCAUCAACAUCUGGAGGAGGAUCUUCAGUAAAUGAAGUGACAGUAACUACCAUCUCUGCUAGAUAAAAUCCACCUCCAAUAUUGUAAAGGGUUCAACAUUGUUAGUAGGUUCUAUUAGUUUAAGUUGCUUGAGAAAUUCUGUUUCUUCAUUACAUAAUGAGUAUAUUUGCAUGAAGAUUGGCCUAGUGCAGGUUCAUUUCUUCUUGAGAUAACUUGAUUAUCUUUUUCGCUUACAAUACUCUAUAACAAUACA